AUGGAGUCCACCGGCGACUGCGACCACGCGGAGGUGGACCCAUGGCGCAUCAGUCGCUCCUGGGCAGCGUUGGUCGAGCACCGUAUCACGACAGACUCCCCCGCGAGGUUGGUGUGCCUCGCGAUCGAGAUGGUCGGCGUCCUCAACCGCGCCCUCCCCUGGCGCAAUCCCGAAGAUCGCCUCAGAGCCCGCCUCAGAGCCAUAUAUACCCUCUCUGAACUCGCCCAGAAGGGGAAGUGUGUGGACGAGAUGGUUGAGAAUGGAGUGAUUCCUGCUUUAGUGAAGCAUUUGCAGGCGCCGCUCCCUUCGGUAGAAGGGGACAAUUGCGAGAAGUCUCACAAGCAUGAAGUCGAGCGGGCGAGUGCAUGGGCUCUGACAUUGCUUACUGCGAAGCCAGAGCAUCGGCAACUCAUAGUUGAUGGUGGUGCCUUAUUCCAUCUACUCAAUCUGUUGAAGCGGCACAAAGCAGGCUCUAGUUCACAGUCUCUGAAUGGUCUUAUUCGAUGCGCAGCCAGGGCUAUUUCAGAGCUUGUUCGAGGUAAUAGCAGGGCCGGCAUCCUUGUAAGGAUGGGAGGUGGUAUUCUACUACUUGUUAAGUUGCUAGAUGCCGAUGACAUAUAUGUGCGAGGAGCAGCUGCUAAGGUGUUGCGCUUGCUCGCUUGGGAAAAUAAAGAGACUGGGAAUCAGAUUGUGGAUUGUGGUGCUCUUCCAAGCAUCGUGUUGAUACUCAAAUCUGACAAUGCGGACAUACACAUUAAGGCGGUUGCAUUGAUUAGUGUUCUGUUGUCUUCAUCUUCAAAUUUAAAGAAAGAUGUGCUGGCUGCUGGAGCUUUGCAACCUAUUAUUAGAUUGCUCAGUUCCAGCUGUGUUUUUAGCCAGAUGGAGGCAGCUCGCUUAGUUGAACUAUUUGCUGCUGUUGAUCCGGAUUGUUCUCUGGCUAUCGUUCAGAGGGGUGCAGUACGUCCACUUAUUGAGAUGCUUCGAUCUCCUGAACUCAAAGCAAGGGAAUUGUCGGCUUCUGCUCUGUCGACAUUGGCUCAGAACUCAGACACCCAGGUUGGUAUUGCUCAUGAGGGCGGCUUACUGGCGUUACUGGGACUUCUAGAUUCAGAAAGUGAAUCAUUGCAGUGUGUCGCUAUACGUGCUCUUCAUACUCUAUUGGAUACUGAGGAUAACGUGUCAGAUUUUAUAACUAUUGGUGGAUUUCCGAAGCUACAGAGAGGAGAAUUCACUGCCCAGGCCACAAAGAUUCAUGUCGAAGGAACAGUGAAGAAAUUAGAGCAAAAGAUUCGAGGCCCAGUCUUCAAACACUUGUUGCUUUUAAUGCGUGCAUCAGAGAAUAAUACCAUCCAAGGAAGAGUGGCUGUAGCCCUUGCACAUCUUUCCCACCCAACCAAUCAACGGAUGAUUUUUAUUGACAAUAUUGGGUUGAAAUUGCUCCUUGGGUUGCUUACUUCUUCGUGUCCCGAGGAGCAAGUUGAUGGUGCACUAGCAUUAUUCAAGUUGGCUAACAACGCAAUUGUCAUUUCACCUGCAUAUGCAGAUUCACCUCCUCCAGCACCGCGAGUCUAUCUGAGCGAGCAGUAUGUGAACAAUGCUAUGCAAUCUGAUGUAACCUUUUUGGUUGAAUCCAGACAAUUCUAUGCACACAGAAUUUGCUUGUGUGCUUCUUCAGAUACAUUCUGUGCAAUGCUUGAUGGCGCUUAUAAGGAGAAGGAUACAACUACCAUAGAGAUUCCAAACAUAAGAUGGGAGACUUUUGAGUUGAUGAUAAGGUUCAUGUACUCUGGAUCAGUUGAAAUUACGCCAGAUAUUGCACCGGAGCUUCUUAGAGCUGCUGAUCAGUAUCUCAUUGAAGGACUAAAGCGACUCUGCGAGAGUGCCGUUGCGCAGGAAAUCUCCAUGGAAACUAUUUCAACUAUAUAUGAACUCUCCGAAGAUUUCCAUGCGACAUCAUUGAGGCAUUCGUGCGUCUUGUUUAUCCUGGAGCAUUUCCAUGAAUUCAGGCAUCGGUACUCUCACCUAAUGCAAGGAACUGUGUCAGCAAUCCGUGAUCAUUUUUCUGCAAGUGGGUCCUCACCUAUGAUGGCCUCGUCAGGGAUGUACCUUCCCCAGAACCAAUGCGCCUUCUACGCUCUGUUCAUCUCUUCGAUCGGCACGUUCUUCGUCUCGGGCAAGAAGAAGAAUAUGAAGAUGGUCAUUAUGACAACGAAGCCGCCGAAGAAGAAGAGGCCGAACUUCAGGGCGCAGAGCAUGGAGAGGAACCCCUGA